UAUAAUCUCAUAAGUAGACAAAAUAAAAAUAUUUCCUUUUUAUAGUGGUUGAAAAGAAGAUUGAUCUUAGAAUUAGUGAUCAAAUUAAGGCAAAUGGCAAUAAUUGAAGCUUCAUCAGCUUUACUGGUUUCAGUUCUUCUCCUCAUUCCAUUGCUUAUUACGCUAAUACAGAAAUGUGUCCAAAAACAAAACAAGAACCUUCCUCCAAGCCCUCUAAAGCUCCCUUUCAUAGGCAAUUUACACCAGCUUGGUUCAUUGCCUCACCAAUCUUUAUGCCAACUCUCCAAAAAAUAUGGCUCAGUUAUGCUUCUUCACCUUGGAAAUGUGCCAAGUGUUACUAUAUCAUCUGCUGAGGCUGCAAAACAAGUCAUGAAGACUCAUGAUCUCAGCAGUUGCAGCAGACCACAAUUGCAUGGUCCUAAGCAACUGACAUACAAUUUUCAAGACUUGGCAUUUUCACCUUAUGGAAAAUAUUGGAGAGAGAUUAGGAAGAUUUGUGUCCUUGAGGUCUUCAGUGUGAAAAGGGUAAAUUCAUACCAAUCAGUUAGAGAAGAGGAAGUUACUAAGCUCAUCAACUCCAUAUCUUAUCACUCCACAUCUUCUCCUGGUGCUCCUGUUGAUCUUACUGAGAAGUUGUUUGCUUUUACUGGUAGCAUAAUUUUCAGGACUGCUUUUGGGACAACUUUUAAAGAUACUAAUUUUUGUGAUGAGAAAUUGGAUGACAUACUUGUAGAGGUUGUAAUCUUCAUGGGAAGUUUUUGUGCAGCUGAGUACUUUCCAUAUGUGGGAUGGAUUGUUGACAAGAUUUCGGGUUUAGAACAAAGGCGCGAAAGGAUUUCUCACAAGAUGGAUGAUUUCUUUCAAAGGGUGAUUGAUGAUCAUCUCAGUCCACGAAGAGAAAAACAAGAGCAUGAAGACAUUGUUGAUGUUCUCCUCAAAAUAGUGAAAGAGCAAACUGGUUUUGGAGAUACUUCUCUAACCAUAAACAAUGUCAAGGGAGUCCUCUUGGAUAUGUUUAUAGGUGGGAUAGAUACUGGUGCAAUCACCAUGGUGUGGGCAAUGGCAGAGCUAAUCAAGAGGCCUAAAUUGCUUAAGAAGGCUCAAGAUGAAGUUAGAACUUGCAUUGGAAACAAAGGAAAAGUCUCAGAAACUGACACUGAUCAGCUUCAAUACCUCAAAAUGAUAGUCAAAGAAACUCUUAGAUUGCACCCUCCAUCUCCUAUGCUUCUAAGAGAGACCAUAUCACACUUCACCAUCAAUGGAUAUCAGAUUAUGCCAAAAACACUACUCCAAGUGAAUGUUUGGGCAAUUGGAAGAGACCCCAACAGCUGGAAGGAUCCUGAAGAGUUCAUCCCUGAGAGGUUUUCGGAUAGCCCCAUUGAUUUCAAAGGUCAACAGUUCGAGCUGUUGCCAUUUGGUUCGGGGCGAAGGAUGUGUCCUGCGAUUCACAUGGGAACCACAAUAAUAGAGGUUGGACUUGCAAAUCUCUUAUACAGCUUUGAUUGGCAAUUGGCUGAUGGAAUGAAGGACCAAGAUUUCAACAUGGACGAGAUUGCUGGUCAUUCUCUUACUAUCUGUAAGAAAACUGCUCUCAACCUUGUCCCCAAGAAGCCAUUCUAAAAAAGAAUAACUACUUAGCCAAAAUCUACUAAUGCAAGUGAAAAAUAAAUUGAAUUCAUGAUUCUCUUUGUAUUUCCAUUGCCUAUCGCCUCAAUUUAUUUAAGGCCUACAUUUUUUUAACCACUUGAGGCUAGCUCAAGUGGUCAUAGGAAGGUGCGUGUGUGUUGCAGGUCUUGUGUUCGAGUCCCAAAUUAAACAUUGUGUAAUAUAUAAACGCUUAAAGAAAAAAAAAAUUAAUGAACUGAUAUUUUUACACUAAAACUUGACACCUCAACUAAAAUUUCCACCUAGAUAAUUGCAGACCUAAACAAUUUUGACAUCAUUACUCCUAUUUCUUUCUUUCUUUUUUUGAUUUUUUUAAGGAAACUCUUCCUUUCACGUAUGCACUCUCUCAAAAAUGAAAUAUAUAUGUCUAUUUCCUUUGCAUACCCAUAAUAAAACAAAUUACAUAUUAGG